AUGGCGCUCAGAGGCAAGUCACUUAGCAUCGUUAUCGGUCUCGUUGGCGCUGUCGGAUUUGUGCUACAAGGCUACGAUCAGGCAGUCGCUAACGGACUGUUGACGCUGGGCUCAUUCAUCGCCGUCUUCCCUCAGAUCGACACCGUUCAUACUACCGGUAGUCAGAAAUCCCACAAUUCUACAAUUCAAGGCACAACGGUCGCUAUUUAUGAAGUUGGAUGUGCGCUCGGCGCUGGUUCUUGUGCCUUUCUAGGUGACAGGCUCGGCCGUCGCAAGACAAUCCUGCUUGCUGGUUGCAUCGCCAUAAUUGGUAUCGCCAUUCAGUCGAGUCCUUUUGCUCUUGGUCAGCUUAUUGCUGGUCGAGUUAUCACUGGCCUAGGAGUUGGUGGAUUCACGGCCACAAUCCCUAUGUACGUCUCCGAGUCCUCUAAGGCGGAAGCCCGAGGAAGAAUGGUACUGUUGGAAGGCUGGUUUGCAAUCGGUGGCAUUGUGCUCGCAACAUGGCUGGAAUUUGGCCUUUACUAUGUUGGCGACAACUCUGUGAGCUGGCGCUUUCCCAUUGCGUUUCAGGGUCUGUUUGCGCUCGUUGUUGUUGGGUGUAUUAUGCUCCUUCCUGAAUCUCCUCGUUGGCUGGCACGUGCCGGACGAUUUGAAGAGGCCGCUGCAGUUCUAGCUCGCAUAGAAGACGUGCCUGUGGACUCUGAGUAUGUCUUACAAGAGCUGGACAUUAUCCGCCAAUCAUUGGUCUUGGACCAGAAUGCCGAGUCGGCAGGCUCCUCUUCGCCGUUUGCUCUCACCAAGAACCGUCAUUUACACCGCACUGUUCUUGCUGUUGGUGUCAACAUCCUGGCACAGAUGACCGGGGUCAAUAUCAUCACUUUCUACUCUGACACCAUAUUCGAAGGUGAUUUGGGGUACUCUGGUACCCUCUCACGAAUCAUCACCGGAUGUUUACAAAUCUGGCAAUUCUUAGCAGCCGGUCUGGCAGUCUUGCUUAUUGAUCGGGUAGGACGUCGACCUCUCCUUAUCACCGCUGCUGUCGGAAUGACGGUCGCUCAAGCUUGCCUUGCUGGGCUCUCGAGCGACCUUGGAAAUAAGUCUGCAGCUGGGGCUUCACUCUUGUUCUACUUCAUGGCACUCUUCUGCUUCCCCAUUGGACUGUUCCUUGUUCCGUUCAUGUACGCUGCAGAGAUAGCCCCGCUCCGCACGCGUGCCAAAGUUACAGCUAUGUCAGCUGCAGCAAACUGGCUUUUCAAUUUCGUCCUGGCAGAGGUGAGCCCUGUCGGGUUUGCCACUAUCAGUUGGCGAUAUUACAUCAUCUACGCAUGUAUUAGCGCCUUUGCAUGUGUUUGCUUCUAUUUAUUCUGUCCCGAGACUAAAGGACGAACGCUCGAGGAGAUUGACGAUAUUUUUGUUCAGUCAAAUUCCGUAUUCGAUACGGUUCACGUCGCGCGCAGAAUGCCUUAUCAGACUGACAUUCUUGCACACAUUGAUGACACAGAGAAGGGAGUCGAGGAUAAGCAAGUUGAGCAUGCUUGA